AUGGCUGGUGAGCAGAGUUUGGCCGGGAAAAGUGGCUUUGAUAGCAACAUAUACCUGGACGUUAAGGAUUACUAUGGAAACAGGGUGAAGCAAAGCGCAGACCUGCAGACCAGCGCCUGUAAGGCUCCAGCCCAGCCCACCCCCCCUCACGUCCGGCAGGCACUGAAGAAAGUCCACCCUGAAGUCACCUCUAAGUCAGUGAGCUCCACUUCGUGCGCUUUCUCUUCUGCAAAGCCCUCUGACACUGAUAUGCCCCCCCACAGGUACUAUGGGUGCGGCCUGGUGGUGCCCGAGAGCCUGGAGGGCUGCAGGAUUCUGGACCUGGGCAGCGGUACUGGGAGGGACUGCUACAUGCUGAGUCAGCUGGUGGGCGAGGGGGGGCAUGUGACCGGGGUGGACAUGACCGAGGGUCAGCUUGAAUUGGCCAGAAAAUAUGUGGACUACCACAUGAAGGAGUUUGGCUUCAAGAAGCCAAAUGUGAGUUUUGUUCAGGGCUACAUCGAGGCCUUAACCGAGGCGGGUCUGGAAAAGGACUCAUUCGACAUCAUCAUCUCCAACUGUGUGGUGAAUCUCUCUCCAGAUAAGAAGCGGGUGCUGGCUGAAGCUUACAGUGUGCUUAAGGAUGGGGGCGAGCUGUACUUCAGCGAUAUCUACACCACUGGAAGACUAACAGAGGAAAUUAAAAAUCACAAAGUUCUGUGGGGUGAGUGUCUGGGCGGGGCGCUGUGGUGGAGGGAUCUGCUGCAGCUGGCCGCUGAGGCCGGGUUCAGCCCCCCCCGGCUGGUCACGGCCAGCAUCGUCUCCGUGGACAACCAGGAGCUGCAGGACGCCCUGGGUGACUUCAAGUUUGUUUCUGCCACAUACCGCUUGUUCAAGAUCCCCAAAGGCAGCACCGAGGCCUGUCAGGUGAUCUAUAACGGGAGCAUAACCGGGGCUGAGGAGCGCUUUCAGUUCGACUGUCAGUACGCCUUCAAGGCCAACGAGGUGGUGGAGGUGGACGGAGACGUGGCUGCCAUCUUGUCCAAUUCCAGAUUUGCCGGAGAUUUCACUUUCCAGCCGCCGGGAGGCUCCGAUAAGUCCUGCGGCGUCAGACCCAAGGCAGGCAUCGUGGAUCCGUUUGAGCUGGCUGUGCAGGGCUCUGGUCCGGCCACAGGGGGAUGCUGCAGCACGCCGGCCUCCGCCUGCUGCAAAUAA